CUCGUGUAAUGUGCCGGCCUUCGUAGGUGCCCGCGAACAGCACUUGCCCCCAUAAGUCUAUUAAGGCUAUAAGGGUUGAUGUUCUUGGUAUGUCCGUGUUGUUAUUUUGUAUUCACAUACGUUCGUGUGUAGAGCAGUGGUUAGCGCGCUGCGCUGCAAACCCAGAGUCUCGAGUUCGGUUCCCGCUCAUGGCCAGCAUGGCCAGUGACGAUUAUCUGAAAUGGUACUGGGCCUCCCAUAGGUAGACUCAGCCUUAAGUGAGUAGAGUAGUAGCUAGUGCGAUAUGCUGUAUAUACCUAAGAACUGUGGAGACAAAGGCGGCCAGGCACGGUGCUAGCCACACCACCCCCUCAUGUCCCUUUCCGGAUUCAAUAGGUGAUCGCUAAAAACAUUUUCCCCAGCUACUGUUGUCUGUGCAGGAUAUUUAGAUGGGUCUUUGUAUAUUCGAGUGUAUAUGUGGUGUGUGUGUGCGCGCAAGUAUUUAUGUGUCACGUGUUCAUCCCUCCCUUUAACACUAAUGGAAAUGUGUUCAUGCGUAUGGCCCCAUGAAUCCCAAGUGACCCCCAUCAUGAUCCCAAGUGUCCCCCGUGCCUUCCCGUGUUGGCCCCAUGCGAGUCCAUUUGCCCCCACGUACCAAAUCAUGUGUCAACCAUGUGACCCCUCCCCCCAUAAGACCCCACGUAAUGUCACGUGACCCCACGUAAUGUCACGUGAGCCCAUUGUGGGCUCAGGCAGGACGCGUCGCUUCGAAGGGGCGAUGGUCGGAGGUCGAGACUACGGAGUGGCAGCCAAAUGAGGGAAUGCACCCGAGAGGGCGUCCACCACGAAGAUAGGGAGAUGCAAUAAGCUCGUGUUCUGGCGCUCGGUCGAUUUAACAUCGCAAGGGACCGUAAAAGGAAUGGGCGACGGUUUUGAGCAGCCCUUCAUCCAGCAGUGGAUUGUUCAUGGCUGACGAUGACACAUCACAGGACCACGUGACCACGUGGUGUGUCAUCACCAGUGCCCCCAUAGGACAUCGCGUGACCUCCCCACGGGCUCCUGAUUCCAUGUGCACUUAAUGUGACCCCCCCCCCCCACUCUCAUUGCCCCUGCGGGGGUCUCCUUGUGCGCCCCCCUACCCUAGUCCCCCGAAGAAGGUGUUUGUCCUGGACCCCUCGAGUACCCUCUACUACCACUGGCUGUGCGUGGUGUCCGUGCCCAUCAUGUACAACCUCCUCAUGCUCGUGUGCCGGGCAUGUUUUGAUGAGCUGCAGACUGAACACACCUACACCUGGAUGACCCUGGAUCUGCUGUCCGACCUGUUGUACCUCCUCGACACCUUGGUUCGCAUCCGCACAGGGUUCCUGGACCAAGGUCUCCUCGUGCACGACUUGAAGCGUCUUCGACAAAACUACAUGAAGACGCGGUUAUUCAAACUCGACGUUGCGUCCAUCCUUCCCACCGACAUCGCUUAUAUAUGGCUCGGCCCGAACUUCCCGGAGCUGCGCUAUAACCGCGUGGUUCGCAUCUACCGCAUGUCCGAGUUCUUCCAACGCACGGAGACACGCACCAACUUCCCCAACCUCUUCCGCAUUUCCAACCUCGUGCUCUACAUCAUCGUGAUCAUCCACUGGAACGCGUGCAUCUACUUCGCCAUCUCCAAGGUUAUCGGGUUUGGCUCUGAUCAGUGGGUUUAUCCAGACGUCAACAUUCCUGAGUAUUCUCAUCUCAUGCGCAAGUACGUGUUCAGCCUGUACUGGUCGACGCUGACGCUGACGACGAUCGGGGAGACACCGCCGCCGGCGCGCGACGAGGAGUUUGUGUUUGUGGUGUGCGACUUCCUCGUCGGGGUCCUCAUCUUCGCCACCAUCGUCGGCAACGUGGGCGCCAUGAUCUCCAACAUGAACGCGGCACGCGCAAAUUUCCAGACGCGCGUGGACGGGGUGAAGCGCUACAUGCGCCUGCGGGGGGUGACGCGGACCCUUCAGGAUCGCGUCGUCGCUUACUUCGACCACGUGUGGGCGUACGGCAAGGCGGGCGACGAGGCGGCCGUGCUCGCCUCUCUGCCCAUUCGGCUCCGCGCGGAGGUGGCCUCAAACGUGCACAUGGAGACCAUCAGGAAGGUGCGAAUCUUCGCGGACUGCGAGGCAGGGCUGCUCAUUGAACUCGUCCUAAAGCUGAAGCCGCAGGUGUUUGGCCCCGGGGAGUACAUCUGUCGCAAGGGAGACGUGGGGCGAGAGAUGUACAUCGUCAAAGACGGCCGUCUGGCUGUGGUAUCAGAUGAUGGACUCAAGCAGUUCGUGGUUCUGUCUUCAGGAAGCUACUUUGGAGAAAUCAGCAUCCUCAACAUCAAGGGGAGUAAGUCUGGAAACCGGCGCACAGCAAACAUCAUGAGCAUUGGGUACUCGGACCUUUACUGCCUGUCCAAGGACGACCUCAUGGAGGUACUCACAGAGUACCCAGACGCCAAGCAGGCCCUGGAGGAUAAGGGCAAAGCCAUCCUCAUGAAGGACGGCCUAAUCGACGAGGAGUGCACCAAUGUGGGGCCCGACCCCAAGACACUCGACCAGAAGGUGUCCCACCUGGAGACGCUGCUGGACGGGGUGCACACGCGCCUGGCACGCCUCCUGGCGCAGCAGGGCUCAAGCGUGGCGUCGACACGCGCCCGCCUCACCUCGCUGGAGACGGCCGUGUGCGGGAUCGUCUCCUCCCUGGGCAGCGCGACUCCCACGCUCCUCACCAUCACCACACCGCCCGAGGAGUGACGGACCUCGCCAUCGGAGCCGCCGACCUUAUCCCGGGCGGCGAUGUCGACGAAUUACUCGCGGCGGUGGCAGGGACCGUGGCGACGGCGGCAGCGGCGGCGGGAGCGGCAGUAACGGCAACAUCAGCAGCGCGUGCAACAUCACGGACGGCAGCAUGACCAGCUGAAGCGUUGCUAGCAACAUCACAGGCAACGGCAUCAGCAAGCGGCAUAACCGGCAGAAUGGCCGGCAACAUCUGACAUCACCAGCAUCACCAGCAAGCAUCGGCAGCAGCAUCAGCAAAUUAAAUUGCGACAUCACAAACAUCACCAAAAAUGCCGGCAACUUCACCUAUACCAUUGUCAAUAUCACUAACAUCACAAUUAGCAUCGUCGCUCAUGAUAUUGUAAUAUGCUAUCAUCGGCAACAUCUCUAGGAGCAUCGCCGUUAGCAUUGAAUGAGGAACGUGACAAAUAAAACCGGCAACAUCAUUGGCAUCAAUGAUAUCACCAACAACAUCACAAACAUAAUUGGUGGCAUAAUCAUCAUCGUCAUAAUCAUCUCCUACAAAUUCAACUGCAUAAGCAUCAGCAUCCAGGGCUGGAUUCAGGGAUGGGGGUGAAUUUGGGACAUUUGCCCAGGGCCCAAAACUUAAGAGUGGUCCACACGCAAAAAAAGCCCCAUUAAUGUUAUAAUUAAGAAAGUAGGACAGCUUACUCACAUUAUCAUGUUAUUUGAAUUAAAAUGAACAAUUUGAAAUUAAUUAAUUGCCGUGCUUAAUAUUUAUUUCUACCUUCAGUAUUCUCCAUCUGACCUAGAUUCACUCCAUCUGACCUAGAUUCACCCUUGUAAGGGUAGGGUGCGAGGGGGUAGGCGGUAGCUUUUUUUACUCUGGUGUCCCAAGAGCAAAGAUACCUCGAUAUAGCUCUGUCAGCACUAAUAUCACCUUAGCCACCAGUAUCCACAUCAUCAUCAUUGACAUUACAAACAUCACCAGCGUCAUCACCGGCAAAACCACCAAAAUGUCUGAAAAAUCACAUUAAAUAAUUCGCCACCACCUCCACUAUCAUCACCAUCCUCGGCAUCCUCCCCAUGUGUCCGUGGUGUCGCGAAGUGUGUGUAACGGAUGACGUUAACUCCGCACCUUCCUCCCUGCGCCUCUUCACUCCCCAGAUCCUCCACGCUCCUCCUUAGAGCCCAAGCCUAUAAACGUACGUGGAUAAUUAUGGGUAUUAUAAAAUACAUUGAGCUUUCUUUUGUAUCUCCGGGGUGGAGCGGUGACACAGUGAUUGACGAGCUACUGCUAUGACCCCGGCGGCAACCUGGGUUCAAUUCCCAGCCAUGCUUAAGCAUCGGUGGGGGGUAAUAUCUGAACCGCUCCUGGUCUCCCCCUCCCUUCAUCAGCCCGCACUGACCAAUGUGGUGAAAUAUGAUGAAACAAUCUGGAUGAUGAACACGGCGUGGGGAGGGAGACGUGUCGAGUUCAGCAAAGAGAUCGUAGUCACCAUCAGUCUGAUAUUUCCCCAUCAUAGCUAUGGGGUUGAGUUUGCAGAGAGCACAUUGAGACGAGAUGGUGGUGAGACUGGCACGGAGUGGAUAGUGUAUACGGCUCAAUGGGUCACAUUAUACAUUGUUCUAUAUGUAGUACUGUACAUAACUGUGCAGUGCGCUAACCACUACGCCACCGCUCCAUGCCCUCGGUGCGGGCCAAACAUGGCGAGUGAUAUCCGAACCAGUCCUGGGCAUCUCCUUCACCGACCCGCACGAACCAGUGCUGUUAAGUAGAAUCUAACAACCCCAAUGAACAACAAUGUGAGGAGGCCUUCAUCCAGCAGUGGAUUAACAAAGGACCCUGAAUGAACACAAUUCUCUAUCCACGUAAAACAUUGUGUUUUCAUCCAGAAGGAUUUGUUUCAGCAAGCUGGACCGAUUUCGUGCUUCUGGCUCUCAACGAGCAGCAGUCAGGCUUGCAAAACAAACACUCAUCGUUUAAACAAUCCUGUACUGCGUCAAUAAAAUACCAUUUACGUGCUGUGAAGGAAGGCCCUCGACACACUGCUGGCCGUGGGGGUUACUUCACCACCUUUUAUCGCACUUUGUUCAGUGCAUGUCGUGAAGACAGGGAUCACAUAUGUGGCACCAUAAAAGUAAAGUACAACAAUUUAUUUUUCGACGCCGCACUCUGCUGCCCACUUCAUAACUCUGCAGCCUAUUGCACCUGCUAUGCAUGGCAAUUGCCCAUCGAGGCACUAUCCAGGAUUAACAAUCAUGCUCACCUUCUGAGACCUGGUGAGGUUGUGCACACUAAGGGAGGCUGGUCGUCGAUAGUGGAGCAUGAUGUGUAAUAAAUAACGAAACAACUCCCAAGUCCUCAUUGUCAGAUGAACAGAAAUGGUCCAUGAGCCCAGCGGCCUUGCGCGCUAACACUAUCCAGCAGCGUCUAUCGAAGCAUGCAAACUCAUUUUUCAUUGAGCUGUGCAUGCGGGUGGAGCUGGAGUACCCAGAGGAAACCCACAGAUUCAUUGCAACAGGCUUCCAUCGAUUAGAUGCCCCUGUAGUAUAGAUGCGUCUAUACAUAGAACACUGUGUACUUUAAAUAACCUUAAUGCUGCUUCGGUAAGGCAUUACGGUGCCUUAUUACUACCCGAGCUGAAGGAACAUUGACAAUUUAUGACCGUUCUCUAUGUCGGUGUGGCUGGGGCACAGUUCCCUGAUGAGCCCAUUAGAGCAACGAUAUCCAGAAGGGGGGGGAAGGUGGGCGGCAGACCCGGCGUCGUGGUCACGGCUAACAUCAGUGGCAAGUGAUAUCCGAACCGCUCCUAGACACGUCCCUUCAUCAACCCGGACUGACCAGCUUGGUGAAGUAUAUUUAAACAACCCCCAUCACUGGGGGAGGCUUUUUUUGCCCAGCUUAUUUGAUUAAUGACUAAGGGCUACACGCGUGCAGCAAUACUCUGGAUUUUAAUUGACGGUCUGUCGCCAGGCAUGGUUCACUAAUGAGCUCCUGCGAGAGCUAAAUGUAUCCGUUUCUCCCAACGCUGUUGCUCAUUGUCUUCUGAAAAUCUGAUUGCCUAAAAGUUUUACUGAUAUUUGCCAUCGCUCCGUGUACACGGCACAACGGACUUCUCAGAGGACCGACGUUGUGCCUGUUCAUAUUCACGUGAGGCAGUGCUCAAUUCCGGGGCCAUUGGGAGCAAAUGUCACAUUCCCGUGGCAUCUGCCAGUAUAACCGUAGGAAAACAAUCACUGUCGGUAUCCCAAAAAAGUGGCGCUCAUAUUAUCGACCCUAACGGGCUGAUAGGGUGCGGUGACCCACGACUGGCAUUUGAGUUUGCGAUAUUCUGGUUGAGAGCCGAGUGCUCUAUGGUUGCCAGCAAUCAGUAAAUUGAGUCUUGGACAGCUGGGUUUGUUGUAUUGAUCCGCGAUGACCUCUGCCUAUGACCACAUUCCAAGCCUCUUACAGCAGCAGCAGCAGGCUCCGGAGUAAUUGGUGAUUUGAUGGAUCGCAGGGUAUGCAAGGGCAACCACGAGUCCCUCCAUCAGGUCGGUGAGGACAAUCUGCCCGAUCUGACCUCAGUGGUGAGCCUUAAGUUUUUAUGUCAAUGGUGAGCAUUUUGGCUUUAUGUGCAAAACGUUGUGACGCGUAUGAUGAACGCGAGUUGAUGAUGUCCAAUCGCGUCGUGAAUGACUUUCCAUGUUGCUUAAAAAGUUGAUCCACUUUCUACCAAGCGAAAGUGUACGUUGCACUUCGUACAUAGCCAACCGUGCUAAUCGGAGGUCAUUGACAACCCGUGUAGAAUUAUUCCAGUCUCCUCAGUAUCGCCAGUGACUCAGAUCAAGCACAAUAGCAUCGGUAGGACACAGGUCUUAUUGUUCCUGAUUUUCAUGCCAGGUCACCGCUUUCCUGGUCACCAUGGAUGAAGGCCUCCCCAUGCCAUGUUGGUCAUGGGGGGGGUUAUUUGAUCCUACUUCACCACGCUGGUCCAGCUGUGCAGGUUGGUGAGAUGAAGGGCUCAGGAGCGGUGAGAUAUAUCGUCACUGACCUGAGAAUGGGUGCCAAUUGAGCUCGGGUAAUUGGGUUCAAAAUCACUACGGUCCCAAGUCCUUUGUGUAAAUGCGCAAAAAAACAAGUAAACGCGACACGUACUUUAAGAAAGCAAUACUUUAUUCCAGUUAGUAAUUCAUGUUAACGUCAUUGUUAAUAAUAAUAACGAUGAUCAAUGGUGAUGAUGAUGUCAGUGAUGGUGGCGAUGUCAGCGUGAGGCAGACUAUUUACAGCAAGGACUAGGACUGCAACACCCUUCACGUGUCCCGGCCUCCCGUACUCCCGUACUCAUGACUAGCGCUACAACCUCGGGUUCCAAAAUGUUAAAUACAAUUGAGCUCCAUUAGUAUUAUUAGCUUUAGUUAAUUUAAUUGAAAAAAAUAUAUCAAGUUAAAAUUCUACAUUUUGAAUUUAAUUAUCCAAGUAGGUUUUUUAUUGUCGUUAUUUAAUAAAACCGAGAGUUUAAAUGGAUAUGAAUUGUGGAUUAUACAGUGUAUUGAUUAAUUUAGUCAGCUAUUUGCCCUCCUGUGUGAGGGGUGGGGAAUCUGUGCCCCAUCCCCUGAACCUUGACCCCCACCCCUCCCCCAUCAAUGGGAAGUGCUGUAAUACCACCAAAUAACUCGCUUUCCCAUAACCCUGAAAAUAAUAUUCAGAGUGGUACGGGAUUCAAACUUAGACUCGUAUUGUACUGAAACCUUAUCUUGCAUAGGAUGGAUGCAGAGUCGUAUGGAAUUACCUGGUGUCGGCUUUGAAAUGUGUCAUAAAAGUAAUACUCUGCAAGGGGAUUCAUACUGCAACAGUAUUUUCACUUCAGUUAGGAUCAGGAUUAGGGGUUAGAAUCCGGGUUAAACCACUACACUCCAAAUGAAACCGUACUAAACCCAAAUGCCAGAUAACUUUUGCUCUGGAUC